AUGAUUGAAGCACACGCACACACACUCUCUCCCUCUUUCUUACUCCCUGUUUCUAUUUUAUCUCUCUGUUUUUCAGCUUCAUUGAUUUCUGUGUUAAUGGCACAUGCUGUCUUUACUCUUUUUCUCUCUUUGCAUUUUAUCUUUCUCUAUGUGAAUGAUCCAGAAACUAAUCAGUUCUUGCCUCUGUCAUCUUUAUUGCACCCUAUUCCAGGUGAGAUACAUAUCUAUCUAUCUAUCUAUCUAUCUAUCUAUCUAUCUAUCUAUCUAAGUCUGUUCAGAUCGAUCUAUCCUGUGUCAUCAUUUUCAUUUCUAUCUAGUCUUUCUUUCUUUCUAUCUAUCUUAUCUGUGUCAUCUUUUUUAUCUAGCUACCUUUUUUAUUUGUUCUAUGUCAUAUUAUUCUAUGUGACUAUGUAUCUAUCAACUGUUUCUAUUUGCCCUUUAUAUUAUGAUUCUAUCUAUAUAACUUUUCUGUAUCAUCCUUUCAUUCUAUCUACUCUUUCUUUCUAUCUAUCUAUCUAUCUAUCUAUCUAUCGAUAG